UUUGAAGCCAUUAGGCAAUUAAAUGCACUACCAAUUAUCGAAUUUAUAAGCAUUUUGUGUAUAAAAGUAGAUUUUUUCCAUAGCGCAUAUUAUGCCAGUGAAUACGUGUUUUUGGUGUAAAAUUUUAACAGUGACUUUGUUGGGCGCAAUCAGCUCCAUCCUAUUUGUUGUUUCGCUCAAAGCUAACUAUCAAUGGGCUCUAUCGCAAGAGCACAUACGUUUUCGCAAGGGCUUUCCUUCGCAAAAAAAUUGGAUAGAUUCGCCGUAUGGGACGCUUAAAAGUUACUUGUUUAACGUUACAAACGGCGAAGCAUUUCUUAACGGUACCGAUGCUAAACUUAAACUAGAAGAGAUAGGACCGAUCGUGUAUCGCAUCAAGGGGAGGAAUGAAAUUUUGAAUCAAACCGACGAUACUCUUACAUAUCAAAAAUUACCUUAUGAGGAUAUACAGUUUGAUCCGAUUGCCAGUUGUGCCCCCGAUAUACUUAAUCAAACCAUUGUUUUGCCGAAUUUCAUUUUAUUUGGCACUGCUGCGAAAUUCCAUGACUGGGUUUUUCUAGUCAGACACGCCUUCAACGCUAUCACUAUUAAUGAGCCAGUUUUAAUAAAGCAAUCAAUUUAUUACUUCUUGUGGAAUUUUACAACGCCUGCCUUGAGUUCGCUUUCUAGCUAUGUACCAAAUAUCGUUUCCAAUUGUGGAAUGCUGCAUAAUGCGCUCAGGAAGAAAGAGGAAAUAUACAAUGUGAAGAUAGGAGACAAAAAUGGAGUGGACAACUUUUUUCAAGUGAAUACCUUAAAUAAUAAAACUUACUUUCCCGAGCAAAGUAAUCGACUGAGGUUUGUGAAGCAGAAAAAAUAUUACACGUAUUGCCCGAUCGAGGUGCCGGGUACCUUUGAUAAUUCAUUGUUCACACCAUUUUUGGAUCCUGAACGCGAAUUAACAAUUAUCGCUAGCGAAGCGUGCAGGACACACCGGCUAACAUACUCUGAUAUAGCAUAUCAUUUAGGCUUCAGAGGUUAUCGCUACACCAUUGCUGACAACGCUGAAGAGUCGAGUUGCUUAGAUAAUGCCAUGGGUAUAAAGCUGCACAAAGGAAUGUUUGAUGUUUCGAAAUGUCUUUUCAAUGAUGUGCCCUCUGCUUUUUCUUCACCACAUUUCUAUGGCUCAACAUACAAUUGGAGUGAACAUUUUGAAGGAUUAUCUCCAAAUCAGAAGGACCACGAAGCUACAGUAAUAAUUGAACCAAUAACUGGUAUACCUAUUGAAGAAAAAUACAGGUUCCAAUCAAACAUUCCUCUACCGGAUAUGUCUGGUUACAGCAAGGAGUUGCAGCGCUUUAGUAAAAUGGUUAUACCAACCUUUUGGUAUGAAUAUGAUCUGGAUGACUUGCCUGCGAUUGUUCUAUUUUUGAUGAAAUUCAACAUUUAUGUAGUGCCAAUAGCACAGCCAAUUUGUAUCGGCGUUUUCUUUAUUUCGACGCUGUGGUGUUUUAUUUAUGUAUGCCUUACUCUCAAAGGUAUUAAAAUAUCUCAUUUACUUUUUAGAAUUAUAAGUGAAAAAAAUAUAAAAUAAAAUAACAU